AUGCCACAAAUUUGGUGUUUGAGGGCACACAAGGAGGAGGAUGGGAAGCCCAGCGUUCUCAAGGAUAAGCCUGCUUCAGCCUGGAAAAGUACAUUUUGGCCUGAAGACAGUGACAUUUUCUACGACGUCACCCAGAGAAACCAGAAGCUGAUACCAUUCUUGAGUCCACUUAUGGGCCCUGAGGCCAGGCCGCACACAGUGGUGCUGCACGGUGCUGCAGGCGUUGGGAAGACCACGCAGGCCAAGAGGACUUUGCUGGACUGGUCGGAGUUCAGUCAGAGUCCUCUGCACUGCGCCUUCUACCUCAGCUGCAGGGAGCUCAACCGCAUGAUCCCAUGCAGCUUCGCAGAGCUGAUCUGCAGGGACUGCCCCGAGAUGCAGGACGUCGUGCUGGAGGUCCUGACCCGAGCAGAGAACGUCCUGUUCGUGGUGGAUGGCUUCGAGGAGCUGAAGGUGCCUGCAGGGGUGCUGAUCCAUGACAUCUGUAGUGACUGGAACCAGAAGAAGCCAGUGCCCGUCCUGCUGAGCAGCUUGCUGAAGAGGAAGAUGGUGGCCAAGGCCACCCUGCUGGUCACCACGCGGCCCGAGGCCCUGCGGGAGCUCCUGCUCCUUGUGGAACAGCCGCUGCUGGUGGAGGUGGAGGGCUUCUCGGAGGCCGACAGGGAGCUGUUCUUCCUGAGACACCUUGAGGACACGGACCAGGCCCGGCGAGCUCUGGACACCGUGAAGCACAGCCCAGCCCUGUUCCACCUGGGCACUGCGCCCGCCGUGUGCCAGCUGCUCUGCGCAAGUCUAAAGCUCCUGAUGGACAGCGGAGAGGACCCUGGCUUGGCUUGCCAGACCACCACAUCACUGUUCCUGAGGUUCCUCUGUGACCAGUUCCCGCCAGCGCCCGGCGGCCAUCCCCAGCACCACCUGCGACGCCCUCUGAAGGCCCUGUGUCUCCUGGCUGCCCGGGGCCUGUGGACCCGGGUGUCCCUGUUCGACACAGAAGACCUGGAGCCACUUGAGGUGGAAGAGGCCGACCUCCGUCCCUUCCUGGACAAGCAUGUCCUCCAGAGGGACAGGGACCACGAGGACUGCUUCUCCUUCAUCCACCUCAGCAUGCAGCAGUUCCUGGCGGCCGCCUUCUACAUCCUGCGGUUCCCGGGGGACAGCGAGUGGCCGGGCUCCAGGUUGGACAUCAGGGGUGUGCAGGAGCUGUUCUCCACGGAGGCCAGAGCAAGGAAUCCCCAGCUGGCCCAGGCCGGCCGCUUCCUGUGGGGCCUCCUGAACGGGGCCAGGGCCAGGGAGCUGGAGGCCACUUUCGGCUGCCAGGCGUCCUUGGAGGCCGGGCAGGAGCUGCUGAAGCGCACGUCGGAGGAGGAGGAGCCCGUGCUGUGGGCAGUGGGCCUUCUGGAGGUCUUGCACUGCCUCUACGAGUCUCGGGACCCAGAGCUGGUGAGCAAAGCCACAGCCACUCUGAAGGACGCAUCCCUGCAGCUGGCCACCAGCCAGGACCUCCUGAGCUGCUCCUUCUGCCUCCGGCAGUGCCAGGACCUGCAGAGGCUCUCGCUGCGGGUGGCCAAGGGGGUGCUCCCGGAGGAGGAGAUGGCGGCGCUGGAGCUGGAUGCUCUGGACGGAAGGUCCCAGAGUUAUCAGGACCUACAUCUUUCCUGGAGCGAGCUCUGCUCUGUGUUCAGCUCCAACAAGAGCCUGGUCUUCCUGGACAUCAGCCACAGCUUCCUGAGCAGACAGUUUGUGAGGACGCUCUGUGACCAGCUGGCCUCUGCAAACUGCUGUCUCCAGAAAGUGAUCCUCAAAAACAUUUCCCCGGCUGGUGCUUAUCAGAACCUCUGCCUCGCUUUCGGAGGACACAAGACCCUGACACAUCUGACCCUUGAAGGCAGUGAGCUGGACGAUGUGCUUUCCUCCUUGCGUCAGGUUUUGAGUCACUGGAGAUGCAAGCUGCAAUGUCUCAGGCUGGGGCCCUGCUGUGCCCCUGUACCAGAGUGGGCGGACCUCUUCCUGACCCUCCAGUUCAAUCACUCCCUGACGUGCCUGGACCUCUCCGACAGCGAGCUCCUGGACGAGGGCGCCAAGCUGCUGUGCGCAGGGCUGAGAUACCCCACGUGCCCCGUGCAGAGGCUGUCGUUGGAGAACUGUCAACUCACGGAAGCCUGUUGCAAGGAAGUGUCUGUCACUCUGGUCGUCAGCCAGAGGCUGACACACCUGUGCCUGGCCAAGAACGACCUCGGGGAUGAGGGGGUGAAGACCCUGUGUGAGGGCUUGCGCUACCCCUCCUGCCAGCUGCAGGCGCUGGUGCUGUGGUGCUGCAGCAUAACCAGCGAGGGCUGUGGCCACCUCUCCACGGUCCUCCGCCAAGGGUCCAGCCUGACGCAGCUGGACCUGGGGCUGAACCACGUUGGGGUCCCCGGCCUGAAGGCGCUCUGUGAGGCUCUGAAGGCACCACAGUGCGGCCUGCAGCGUCUGUGGCUGUGGGGCUGCUCCCUCACUCCCUUCAGCUGCCAGGACCUCUCCUACGCCCUCAGCUGCAACCGCAGCCUCGUCACCCUGGACCUGGGCCAGAACUCCCUGGGCUUCCAGGGAGUCAAGAUGCUGUGUGACGCCUUGAGACUUCAGAACUGCCCCCUGCAGACGCUCAGCUACCUGCCUGGGCAACUGGUCACCAGAGACCCUCCUGUUGACCCGUCCACUGUAUUGGCCAGUCGGAGAGGAGACCAGCACUUGUGGGAGGCCAGGAAGCCAGGAUUAUGUGAGGGCGGGCUACAGAGGCCAGCCAUCACCUCCUUGGGUCAGCCCUGGACGGAAGCUGUCCAGAGCGAGGCUGCCUCCAAGGUGCCCUCGCCGUCGGCGGCGCCAGCUUGCCCGCUGGGGGGAGCUGCCUUUGGCUCUGCGGUCGGCUUGUGGCAGGCCCCUGCGUUGAAAAUAGAGGAAUCCGACACAGACAUCCAGAAUCUCCUGAGAGAGAUCAAAGAGAGCAACCCGCAGCUGGCCAUCGACGGCAGCCGCCGCGACCCCCAGAGACACAGACCCUCUGCUGAUGACUUCCUUUUCUGA